CUCUUCUUCCUCUCUGUCUCUAUUCUAUUUCCUUGUUCUUUCCUUUGUCCUUCGCUUCUGGUGCUUCCAUGGCGGUGCUUCUCUACAAUGGACUGCGCCGCACGUGAUCACCGCCGCACCUCCGGGGAAACCCGCGGCUAAAGCUAACAAGAGUUUUAGACAUCGAGAAUGGCUUGCGGAGACAGAGCUUUGUCCCUUUUCCUGUUUCUAUUUAUGGUCUCGAUCUUUGCCUUCUCUGCUGUUCGUUGUGCUACUGAUCCAUCCGAUGUUCAAGCUCUUCAGGUGUUGUAUGCUUCGUUGAAUAAUCCUCCACAGCUCACCAAUUGGAAAAGCAACGGUGGUGAUCCAUGUGGUGAAUCAUGGAAAGGGGUUACCUGUGAGGGCUCGGCAGUUGUCUCCAUCGAUAUGUCUGAGUUAGGAGUCUCGGGUACUCUCGGAUACUUGCUGUCAGACCUUAUGUCUCUAAGAAAAUUAGAUGUGAGUGGCAACAACAUCCAUGAUACAAUCGCAUAUCAGUUACCACCGAAUCUCACAAGCCUAAAUCUAGCAAGGAACAACCUAAGUGGGAGCCUUCCUUAUUCCUUGUCCACCAUGGUUUCUCUUUCGUACAUGAACGCGAGUCAUAAUUCACUUUCCAUGUCGAUAGGGAAUAUCUUUUCUAGUCAUGGCUCACUUUCCACCUUGGACCUUUCUUACAACAACCUUAGCGGUGAUCUUCCAAGUUCCUUUAGUACACUCACCAAACUUUCUGUUCUCUAUAUUCAGAACAAUCAGUUGACUGGUUCUAUCGGAGUUCUCUCGGGAUUGAAUUUGACCACUCUAAAUGUUGCCAACAAUCACUUCAAUGGAUCAGUACCUGCAAAUCUUAGUUCCAUUCAAACCUUCAAAUAUGAUGGUAAUUCCUUUGACAAUGUCCCUGCUUCUCCUCAACCAGAAAAGUCUCAUAAAAAGGGAAAUCGUUCCGGUUCAAAGAAACCCGAUGUCUCCAAUGGGAAAUCCUCAGACACGGAUGCAGGUUUAUCUGGUGGAGCAAUUACGGGUAUAGUUUUCGGUUGUCUAUCUGUAGCUGGAACUUUGGCCAUUGUACUUAUCUUGUGCAUUCAGAAGAAUAAAAGGAAGGUCAGAGGUACAAGAGCAUCUCAAGGAAAUCUCCCUCAUGGAGGGGCAAGUGAGAUGCACGAACAGCGAGUGAAAAGUGUAGCUGCAAUGGCAGAUCUGAAGGCCCAGCCGGCAGAAAAGGUAAUAGUUGAUCGCGUUAUGAAAAACGGGUCUGUAAAGAGAAUGAGAUCUCCAAUCACUGCUUCCCAAUAUACUGUCGCCUCUCUCCAAGUAGCAACAAAUAGCUUCAGCCAGGAAAACAUCAUCAGUGAAGGUUCUCUUGGCCGUGUCUACAAGGCAGAAUUCCCCGGUGGAAAGACGAUGGCAAUCAAGAAGAUUGAUAAUGCAGCACUUUCAUUGCAAGAAGAAGAGAAUUUUCUUGAAGCCAUUUCAAAUAUGUCACGGUUGAGGCAUCCUAACAUAAUUCCCUUGGCUGGAUACUGCACUGAGCAUGGACAGCGGCUACUUGUCUAUGAAUACGUCAGUAACGGGAAUCUUGAUGAUAUGCUGCAUUUAAACGACGAUAGAAGCAAGACUCUGACUUGGAACGGCCGUGUUAGAGUGGCACUUGGAACUGCCAGAGCUUUAGAGUAUUUGCAUGAAGUUUGCUUGCCUUCUGGUGUACAUAGGAACUUCAAGUCAGCAAAUAUAUUACUGGACGAUGAACUUAACCCUCACUUAUCUGACUGUGGUUUAGCUGCUUUAACGCCCAAUACCGAGAGACAGGUUUCUACUCAAAUGGUGGGUUCUUUCGGAUACAGCCCACCCGAGUUUGCUUUAUCCGGAGUUUACACCAUCAAAAGUGAUGUAUACAGUUUCGGUGUAGUGAUGCUGGAGCUCUUGACUGGUCGAAAGCCUCUUGACAGCUCAAGGCCAAGACCAGAGCAAUCGCUGGUAAGAUGGGCGACACCACAGCUUCAUGACAUAGACGCAUUGUCUAAAAUGGUUGAUCCUUCUCUCAAUGGCAUGUAUCCAGCCAAGUCCCUUUCUCGUUUUGCUGAUAUCAUCGCCCUCUGUAUUCAGCCCGAACCAGAGUUCAGGCCACCUAUGUCAGAGGUUGUGCAACAGCUGGUGAGAUUGGUCCAGCGGGCGAGCGUUAUGAAGAGACGGACCAGUGAUGACACUGGGUUUUCUUACAGGACACCCGAACACGAACCCAUCGACAUUUCCUUGUGAAUCUCUGGAAGAAAAACUCAAGCUUUAGCCGUUGGAAGUUGGUCUCACACCAUACCCAAAAGAAGAGAGUAUUCAUUCUGCUUAGAGUACAAUUUCAUCUAUGAAAUUGCCCUUCAAUUAUGCAAACAAAAGAAACCCGAAAAGAUCCCCCUCUCAUCCAGUUAAUAUAACCAUACCCAACCCAACCUUCCCUGGCAUCUGUAACUAUCUCUAUAUCCUCUCUAAGCAAACA